AUCAGUGCUCUGAGGACAAUUCAGGUUCCUCACUAUGAGGACAAGGUUCCUCACUUUGAGGAAAAGGUUCCUCACUCUGAGGAUAAGGUUCCUCAAUAUGAGGAAAAGGUUCCUCACUCUGAGGACAAGGUUCCUCAUUCUGCGGACAAUGUUCUUCACUCUCAGAACAAGGUUCCUCACUCUGAGGACAAGGUUCCUCACUCUGAGAACAAGGUUCAUCACUCUGAGGACAAGGUUCCUCAAUCUGAGGACAAAGUUCCUCACUCUGAGGACAAGGUUCCUCACUCUGAGGACAAGGUUCCUCACUCUGAGGAUAAGGUACCUCAACAUGAGGACAAGGUUCCUCACUCUGAGGACAAGGUUCCUCACUCUGCGGACAAGGUUCUUCACUCUCAGGACAAGGUUCCCCACUCUCAGGACAAGGUUCCUCACUCUGAGGACAAGGUUCCUCACUCUGAGGACAAAGUUCAUCACUCUGAGGACAAGGUUCCACACUCUGAGGACAAGAUUCCUCACUCUGAGGACAAGGUUCCUCAAUCUGAGGACAAGGUUCCUCACUCUGCGAAGAAGGUUCCUCACUCUGAGGACAAGGUACCUCAUUCUGAGGACAAUGUUCCCCACCCUGAGUACAAGGUUCUUCACUCUGAGGGCAAGGUUCCUCAAUCUGAGGACAAGGUACUUCACUCUGCGGACAAGGUUCCUCACUCUCAGGAAAAGGUACCUCACUCUGAGGACAAGGUUCCUCAAUCUGAGGACAAAGUUCCUCACUCUGAGGUCAAGGUUCCUCAAUCUGAGCACAAGAUUCUUCACUCUGAGGACAAGGUUCCUAACUCUAGGGAAAAGGUACCUCACUCUGAGGACAAGGUUCCUCAAUCUGAGGACAAGGUUCCUCAAUCUGAGGACACGGUUCCUCAAUCUGAGGACAAAGUUCCUCACUCUGAGGACAAGGCUCCUCACUCUGAGGACAAGGUUCCUCAUUCUGAGGACAAGGUUCUUCACUCUCAGGAAAAGGUACCUCACUCUCAGGAAAAGGUUCCUCAAUCUGAGGACAAGGUUCCCCACUCUGAGGAUAAGGUUCCUCACUCUGAGGACAAGUUUCCUCAUUCUGAGGAUCUGGUUCCUCACCCUGGGGACAAGGUUCUUCACUCUUAGGACAAGGUUCCUCACCCUGAGGACAAGAUUCCUCACUCUGAAGACAAGAUUCCUCAACCUGAGGACAAGGUUCCUCACUCUGAGGACAGCGUUCCUCACCCUGAGGACAAGGUUCCUCAUUCUGAGAACAAGUUUCCUCACUCUGAGAACAAGGUUGUUCACUCUGAGGACAAGCUUCUUCACUCUUAGGACAAGGUUCCUCACUCACAGGUGAAGGUUCCUCAAUCUGAGGACAAGGUUCUUCAGUCUGAGGACAUGGUUCCUAACUCUGGGCAAAAUGUACCUCACUCUGAGGACAAGGUUCGUCAAUCUGAGGACAAGAUUCCCCACUCUAAGGACAAGGUUCCUCACUCUGAGGACAAGUUUCCUCAUUCUGAGGACAAGGUUCCUCACCCUGGGGACAAGGUUCUUCACUCUGAGGACAAAGUUCCUCACUCUGAGGACAAGGUUCCUCACUCUGAGGACAAGGUUCCUCACUCUGAGGACAAGGUUCCUCACUCUGAGGUCAAGGUUCCUCAAUUUGUAGACAAGGUUUUUCACUAUGAGGACAAGCUUCCUAACUCUCAGGAAAAGGUACCUCACUCUGAGGACAAGGUUCCUCAAUCUGAGGACAAGGUUCCUCACUAUGAGGACAAGGUUCCUCGAUCUGAGGAUAAGUUUCUUCACUCUGAGGACAAGGUUCCUCACUCUCAGGAAAAGGUACUUAACUCUGAGGACAAGGUUCCUCAAUGUGAGGACAAGGUUCCCCACCCUGAGGACAUGGUUCGUCAGCCUGAGGACAACGUUACUCAUUCUGAAGACAAGGUUCCUCAACCUGGGUACAAGGUUCUCUCUCAGGAAAGGUUCUCUCUCAGGAAAAGGUACCUCACUCUCAGGAAAAGGUUCCUCAAUCUGAGGACAAGGUUCCCCACUCUGAGGACAAGGUUCCUCACUCUGAGGACAAGUUUCCUCAUUCUGAGGACAUGGUUCCUCACCCUGGGGACUAGGUUCUUCACUCUGAGGACAAGGUUCCUCACUCUGAGGACAAGGUUUUUCACUCUGAGGACAAGGUUUCUGAAUCUGAGGACAAGGUUCCUCACUAUGAGGACAAGGUUCCUCGAUCUGAGGAUAAGUUUCUUCACUCUGAGGACAAGGUUCCUCACUCUCAGGAAAAGGUACUUAACUCUGAGGACAAGGUUCCUCAAUGUGAGGACAAGGUUCCCCACCCUGAGGACAUGGUUCGUCAGCCUGAGGACAACGUUACUCAUUCUGAAGACAAGGUUCCUCAACCUGGGUACAAGGUUCUCUCUCAGGAAAGGUUCUCUCUCAGGAAAAGGUACCUCACUCUCAGGAAAAGGUUCCUCAAUCUGAGGACAAGGUUCCCCACUCUGAGGACAAGGUUCCUCACUCUGAGGACAAGUUUCCUCAUUCUGAGGACAUGGUUUCCCACCCUGGGGACUAGGUUCUUCACUCUGAGGACAAGGUUCCUCACUCUGAGGACAAGGUUCUUAACUCUGAAGACAAGGUUCCUCACUCUGAGGACAAGGUUCCUCAUUUUGAGAACAAGUUUCCUCACUCUGAGAACAAGGUUGUUCACUCUGAGGACAAGCUUCUUCACUCACAGGUCAAGGUUACUCAAUCUGACGAGAGGGUUCUUCACUCUGAGGACAAGGUUCCUCAAUCUGAGGAGAAGGUUCCUCACUCUGAGGAGAAUGUUCCUCACUCUGAGGACAAGGUUCCUCACUCUGAGGUCAAGGUUCCUUAA